GCGGCGUACACCACCAGGGGAGACGGACCUCGUUGCAAACCGAAAUUGGUCACCACCACCGGAGCAGUGCCCGGCAAGCCCACCAUGAUGAUCAGCGCCACCAUGGGCAACACGGCGCUCAUCCAGUGGCAGCCUCCCAAAGAUAUGGUGGGCGAGCUGAUGGGAUAUCUGCUACAGUACAAGCGCGCCGACGACGACGCGUACACGUCGCGUGAACUGCGCAACACCGAUGACCACUACACGGUGACGGGACUGCACAAGGGCGCCACCUACGUCUUCCGCCUCAGUGCCCGUAACCGCGCCGGCGUGGGCGAGGCCUACACCAAGGAGAUCGGCACUCCUGAGGACGUGCCCUCGGGGUUCCCGUUGAACCUGCAGGUGACGGGCCUGACUCAGUCCAGCACGCAGCUGACGUGGGACCCGCCGCUGCUGGCCGAGAGAAACGGCAAGAUCGCCUACUACGUGGUGGUCUACCGCGACAUCAACAGCCAGCAGAACAGCACCAACCGCACGGGUGACACGCGCAUGACCAUCGGGGGCCUGAACCCCGACACCACCUAUGACAUCCGUGUGCAGGCGUACACCAGCAAGGGUGGGGGACCCAUGAGCCCCAGCAUCCAGAGCAGGACCAUGUCGAACGGUAGGAUUUACGUGCAAAUCGGACAUGGAGACUGGAGGAAACAUUUGAAGUCGCAUGCCCUGCUU